AUGGCGUCGACCAUGCUGGUGCUCGUCUUUCCACCCUGGCCCGCCGUCCCGGGACUCCUCUGGAGCUGUUGGAAACUGCUACAGUGGAAACUUCAGCAGACAGGGCCAGGUUUACCCAGUCGUCUGUGGGAAGUGGCAUUAGCAGUCCAAGGUCCAGCUGUAUUUACAGAACCAGCAAAUGAUACCAAUGGAAGUAAGGAGAUUCCCAGGCUUUCAGAUAGUAUCUUUUGGAUGGCAGCUCCGAAAAACAGACGCAGCAUUGAAGUUAACCGCUGUAGGAGAAGAAACCCUCAGAAAAUUACUAAAGUUAAGAACAAUAUUGAUGUUUGUCCUGAAUGUGGUCACCUGAAAUUGAAACACAUCCUUUGUGGCUAUCGCUAUGAGAAGGUGUGCAAGGAGACUGCAGAAAUCAGAAGACAGAUGGGGAAACAAGAAGGGGGUCCUUUUAAGGCUCCUUCUGUGGAGACUGUGGUGCUGUACACAGGAGAGGUACCAUCUGAACAAGAUUGUGGUAAGAGAAUCAGUGAACGAGACAGGAAGUGA